AUGAGCCUUGGAGGGCUUUCUCGCAUUCUGGCACGAGGAAGAGAAGGAACAGAAAGUCCGGCCAAGGGGAAAAUAGAGAGUCUUCAUACCGCCGCCCUGGCGAACCUCUUCUGGUCUUCGAGCAAGCCGGCGUCCCAGCCGUCCCCGCCGACCCGGCCGACCCGGCCUUCCCGGCCGUCCUCAGCCUCUGCCGACGAGGACGACAUUGCGGACGACAUCGCGGACGCCUCCUCUCGCGAUAAUCCCACCAUGGCGACACAGCCUGCACGUCCGGCACUAACGCCCCAGCUCUGCUUCUCCACGGUCGCUCUUCGGGACUUCCUUCGCAUGUCCCGCGCCGUCGACGAUACCAUCACCCAGAGCCUCAAUGCUCUCGUCACGCCCGCACGCGCCGGCUUCGACCCUGCAUCCACGGCCACCCGUGUAUACCCUUCUGCUUCUCCGUCCCACUCAUCCUCCCGCUUCUCACCCUCACCAUCCGCCUGCCGAAAUUUUCGUGAUUCUGUGCUCUUCCCCGCCUGGCAGGCACGCGACGACGUCAUCCGAUACUGUACCGGCGUUGCCGAGGCGGCCGAGGCGGCAGCAGCAGAAAAGGCCGACAAGAAGGAUGGCCUCCCAGACGCCCUCGACGCCUCCGACCCCCGCCUCACUGAACGCUACGACCCCUACAUCCGGCGGCGGCGCUUCGCCGAGGUUGAGCCCGAGGCCGAUCGCCUGGCUGCCCUGAUGCGACAGGAGCGCGGUGUGGAGACGAUUGUGCGUGCCCGCUCGUGGGAAGUGUUGCAGAACCGCUGCGGCACUGGCAUCACGACCGGCAUCGAGAACAGCAGCUGGGAGGCCGCGCUGGACCGGUGGCGGCUGCGGUAG